AUGAAGUUUGAGCUUGAAAGCGGAAAGAUGACAGAAAUUGAGAUUCCAGUGCUGGUACUGGGCGGGAGUCUGGUGGGUUUAAGUGCAGGGAUAUUUCUUGCUAAUUCAGGCGUUCCCAAUAUUAUUGUGGAAAAACAUCUGGGCUCCAUGCCCCAUCCCCGGGCGAUGGGCUAUACUGCACACACGAUGGAGUUUUUCCGUUGUGUAGGUCUGGCAGAUAAAAUUCCACAAGUGAAAUCUGACACCCGAAUUCGCAGAGCUAAAGUUACCAGUCUGUUUGGUGAGUGGCAGGGAGAAACCUCGUGGGGUGGCAAGCCAGAUGUUCCAAAACCAGAUACUCCAAAGCCAGCAAAUCCUUCGCCUUGCAACGGCGCGGCUAUACCCCAGGACAAGCUUGAGCCGAUUUUAAGAGAGAGAGCCUUAGAGCUCGGGUGUAAAAUAUUGCAGCAUACACUCUUUUUGGGCCUGCAGCAAAACGAAUCUGGUAUUGUCGCAAUUGUUCGUGACAGAUCGAAUAACCACACUUACAAAAUCUUAGCACAAUAUAUGAUUGCUGCUGAUGGGGCCAAGAGUGCCGUCCGCGAAGCACUCCAAAUUCCUCGCAAAGGUCGCGGAUACAUUCAGACGUUGACAAGUGUUCUUUUUCGAUGUCCGCAAGCUGACGAAGUGCUUUCCAAGGGCGUCGUGCAGUUUGAGAUCGACCAGCCUAACCUAAAGGCAUUUAUGACAACUUAUAGUGACGGAAGAUGGGCCUUAAUGUUCAGAGACAACGUUGAAAGGACUCAAGAGCAACUUCUGGAGGCUGCCAAACAGGCUGUAGGUCAUGAAAACGCGCACAUAGACCUCAUCACAACGGCAAAAUGGGAUUUGAGUGCAUUAGUUUGCGAAUACUAUUCAAAAGGUCGAGUGUUUCUAGCAGGAGACUCCGCCCAUGCGUUGCCUCCUACGCGUGGAGGAUACGGCGCCAAUACUGGUAUCGAUGACGUCCAUAACUUGGCUUGGAAACUGAAGCUUGUUUUGGAGCAAAAGGCCUCUAAAUCACUUCUUGAUACUUACUCAAUUGAAAGACAGCCAAUUGGGUGGUUAAGACACCAACAAACAUUUGCAAGACCUGACUACGCUGCACAAUCUCAAGGCAUUGCCGCCAAUGAGAGAAUCAUUGAUGAUGCAGGUAUGGAACUAGGUCAACUGCACACAUCUAAAGCUAUUUGUGGAGCUGAUGUUGUGGACAUUGCUGCACAAAAACCUGACUUAUGGAAAGGUCAGCCGGGAGUCCGUGCUCCGCAUUCAUGGGUCUCAAAACGUGGCGAGGUGUUAUCCACUAUUGACCUUUUCAACAAAAAUUUUGUUGUGCUAUCAGAGAAUGAAGAAUGGCUGGAAGCUACACAACACGUUGCUCAGCAGCUCGAUAUAGAAAUCGAUUUCGUUUUAGCGGGCAAAGAUAUUGUUUUUGCUAAAGCGUCGGACUUCCAAGAAAUCUUUGGUAUUGAUCGGUAUGGAGCAUCUUUGGUAAGACCUGAUGGUAUUGUCGGUUGGAGGUCGAAAAGAAAGGCGACUAGACCAUCAAAAGCUCUUAUUGAAGCAUUCAAUCAAAUUCUUCAUCUAUAA